AUGGAGCCCUAUGAUACGUCGGAAGAAGAGACGCAGACUUCAACUCCUAGCCAGUUAACCUGGUGGAGAAGGCAAACGUACGAGUACUACCGUUACUCAACUGACGACGAUGGGAUCGUUCAAAAGGUCUUUAAUAAUCCCGAUCCAGAAGAAUCGAACACGCGGGGACGGACAAAAACACCCCCUCCAAAGGGAGCUCUCAAACACGGCUCUGCGACCUCAAGUCCUGGCUCUGUCAAAGAUGCGGAACCUAGAGGAGCUACACCCGUAAGCUUCAAAUCUUCUACACGUCCACCAAAAUACUUUUUAGAAGGCGAAAAACGUACCAAUUCCUUGGCGAGCGAUGCGCAUGGGCCAACAAAGCUAGAAACCGCUCGGUUCAGGUCGCAUGAUAGCGAAGGAGAGACUGCUUGGUACUUCAGCCAGUCACCAUUUGACCUGGACGCGCCUCUUCCCGAAACGCCAAUCCCGAGGAUGCUAGCAACGAUCUAUAUUCACAGGAACAUGAAGGACGGAGCCUAUCAGAUAUGGCUGUGGUGCGAUCGGGAUGGCGGAGGGCUUGGUUGGCAGCCAGUGGACCUGGAGAAUGAGCGGGUAGCGCAUCCAAAAAUUGCGGAGCGGGCCUUGAAGUUGACUACGUCGGGAAAGCCUAGUUGGGUGCUCACUAGUACCUUGACAACUUAUCGGUCGCGAAAGCCCAGGAGAUCUAGAUCACGUUCGGUGGCAGCCUCCAUGGGCAGUGGUUCCAUAAGUACGGAAAACUAA